UUUCUCACUAUUAAAAAUUUUUUUUAAAAUUUUACAGAACAAAAUCGCCUCCAUCGGUUUCCUCGAACGCAGCCGCUCCCAAAUGCUUACAAUUUCCACCUCUUCGUUAAUUCAAAAAAUAUUUGGAGGCACUCCCAAAAAGAAGCAAAAACAACUACGAAAUAAUAAAAAUAGUCCUUUAAUUAAUGAACAAAGGAAACAAUUGUUAGCUACUCCAACGUCUUUACAGAAUGGGGAAGCUGCCCACUUUCGCAAACCUCGAUGGCCUUUAACCCCUCUCCGUUCAUUUAACUCAACUUCUACGUGUUCCCCUACCCCUAAAAAACAGCAGCAACAAACUCCUCCGUAUACACCUACUAGCAGCAAUUAUUUUACUUCCUCAAAGCCUCAAGUAUUCCAAUUGCCCCCCAAAAAAGAAGCUUCAUGUUACAAUUUAAAUUUUCCUUCCAUCUCUUCUGGAAAUUUUUUUGAAACAAAUUUACCCCUAAAACAACAAAAUUGGGGGUAUAAUAAUGGAUAUAAUAAUACAAAUAAUAUUUACCCAAAUAAUUAUUAUCAUCAAAUGCCUAUUUAUAAUGAGAGGCAUAGUAGAGAUGGAAAUUCUGAAUUGGUCUAUGAUGAAAGGCUAAAAGAAUGGAUUUAUCCCUUGGGAGAGUGCAUGCGCGAUGAGUUGGAGCGUCUUGCUUAUUUUUGCAGGCCUAAUGAAAAAGAUUAUGUUAUCAACCAGCUUUGUCUAAUGCCUCCCGGCCAUUUUAUGCUUCGAUUAUCUGGCAGUAGGCGGAGAUGUCUAGCACUAACCAUGCGUGUGCCAGAACCCAUAGAUGGCACAAUUACCCGAAAAAGAGGAAUCGCAAAUUAUUUAAUUAUUCGAAAUGUGCAUGGGUUUAGAAUUAGGGGCUCAAAACGCCAUUUUCAAUCACUCCCUAUGCUUAUCACUCACCAUUCUGUUUUGCCUGAACAAUUGCCUUGUAGACUCCAACUGUCAGAUUGGCGUUGGACUAGAGGUGAAUUUUAA